GGGGAGACUCAGGGACCAAGUGGCAGCGGCUCGGACAUCUGAGCUGCCACUGCCGAAAACGGGUUCACAAGACAGAUAAUCAAUAUGCGUUUCCAAGGCUUUUGGCUGUGUUUUGGUCUUGUAUUCAUCUCAGUUAAUGCAGAAUUUAUGGAUGAUGGUGUUGAGAUGGAAGACUUUGAUGAAAAUUCAGAAGAGAUUGAUGUUAAUAAAGGUGACGCCUCCUCAGAGAUUGAAUAUAAGACACCUCAACCUAUAGGAGAAGUAUAUUUUACAGAAACUUUUGAUAGUGGAAAGUUGGCUGGGUGGGUCUUAUCAAAAGCAAAGAAAGAUGAUGCAGAUGCGGAGAUUUCAAUAUAUGAUGGAAGAUGGGAAAUAGAAGAAUUGAAAGAAAACCGAGUACCUGGUGACAGAGGACUGGUAUUGAAGUCCAGAGCAAAGCAUCAUGCAAUAUCUGCUGUAUUAGCAAAACCCUUCGUUUUUGCUGAUAAACCCUUGAUAGUUCAAUAUGAAGUAAAUUUUCAAGAUGGUAUUGAUUGUGGAGGUGCAUACAUUAAACUCCUAGCAGACACUGAUGGUUUGAAUCUGGAAAACUUUUAUGAUAAGACAUCCUAUACCAUUAUGUUUGGACCAGAUAAAUGUGGAGAAGAUUAUAAACUUCAUUUUAUCUUCAGACAUAAACAUCCAAAAACUGGAGUUUUUGAAGAGAAACAUGCCAAACCUCCAGAUGUAGACCUUAAAAAGUUCUUUACAGACAGGAAGACUCAUCUUUAUACCCUUGUGAUGAAUCCAGAUGACACAUUUGAACUAUUAAUAGAUCAAAUAGUUGUAAACAAAGGAAGCUUACUAGAGGAUGUGGUUCCUCCCAUCAAUCCUCCCAAAGAAAUUGAAGAUCCCAGUGAUAAAAAACCUGAUGACUGGGAUGAAAGAGCAAAGAUCCCGGAUCUGUCUGCCGUCAAACCGGAAGACUGGGAUGAAAGUGAACCUGCCCAAAUAGAAGACUUGAGUGUUGUUAAACCUGAUGGCUGGCUUGAUGAUGAACCCCAAUUUAUUCCAGAUCCUAAUGCUGAAAAACCUGAGGACUGGAAUGAAGACAUGGAUGGAGAAUGGGAGGCACCUCAGAUUUCUAAUCCAGCAUGUCGGAUUGGGUGUGGUGAGUGGAGACCUCCCAUGAUAGAUAACCCAAAGUACAAAGGAGUAUGGAGACCUCCAAUGAUAGAUAAUCCUGACUACCAGGGAAUCUGGAGUCCUCGAAAAAUUCCUAAUCCAGAUUAUUUUGAAGAUGACCAUCCAUUUCUUCUGACUUCUUUCCGUGCUCUUGGUUUAGAGCUUUGGUCUAUGACUUCUGAUAUCUACUUUGAUAAUUUCAUUAUCUGUUCGGAAAAGGAAGUAGCAGAUCACUGGGCUGCAGACGGUUGGGGAGUGAAAAUAAUGGUAGCAAAUGCCAAUGAGCCUGGUAUAUUUAAACAGUUAAUGGCAAUUGCUGAAGAGCGCCCGUGGCUUUGGCUCAUUUAUUUUGUGGCAGUGGGAUUCCCAAUAGCAUUAAUUACUUCAUUUUGUUGGCCAAGAAGAGUAAAGAAAAAAUAUGAAGAUGCAGAGUAUAAAAAAACUGACAUAUGUAAACCGCAAACCAAGGGAGCACUCGAGCAAGAAGUGAAGGAGGAGAAGGCAGCCCUGGAGAAGCCAGUGGACGUGGAAGAGGAAAAAAAGCAAAGUGAUGGUGAAAUUCUUGAAAAAGAAGAGGAAGGUGAACCUGAGGAAAAGAGUGAAGAAGAAAUUGAAAUCAUAGAAGGACAAGAAGAAGGUAAUAAAUCAAAUAAGUCUGGAUCAGAGGAUGAGAUGAAAGAAGCAGAUGAGAGCACAGGAUCUGGAGAUGGGCCAGUGAAGUCAGUACGCAAAAGAAGAGUACGAAAGGAGUAAACUAUAUUCAAGUAUUUUUAA